CUCGCCUUCCAAAAUAAUCGCGCUUUGUGUAUCCAACAUGUCGGCGCCCAUGGAGGUGGUUCUGUCCGCAGAUUCUGCGGGACAGCUGUGGAACUGCGCAGUUUUUGACCCUCAUUCCGGGACAAAUCUCUUGUCCUAUAGAGGGGGUAACACCUCCGCGAGGUCUUUAACUGUCCUGAAUGGGGAAUACAUUUUAGGAGCUCAACUCGGCAAGAACUUCAUAAACGUGUGGGAGAUCCAGAGAAAGGACCAGUUACAGCAGAAGGUCGUAUGUCCUGGGGUUGUUACCUGUCUGUGUUCAUCUCCUAAUGGUCUCUAUGUACUAGCAGGCAUUGCUGAAGCUCUAUAUCUGUGGGAGGUCUCAACAGGAAAUUUGUUGGCCAUUUUGAGUCGUCACUAUCAGGAUCUGAGCUGCAUAUGUUUCACAGACGACAGCAGCCAUUUCGUGUCGGGAGGGAAAGACAAUCUGGCUCUCGUAUGGAAUCUCUCCAGCGUCGUUCAGUUGGAUUCACCACACACGCCGGAACCACGUCACAUCCUGUCGCUCCACUCCCUCCCUAUCACAGACAUCCACUGUGGCCUGAUGGGACCACAAGCCCGUGUUGCCACAGCAUCACUAGAUCAGACUGUUAAGGUUUGGGAAAUUUCCUCUGGGCAGAUGCUGCUGUCCGUCCUCUUCGAUGUUGGUAUCAUGUCUGUGACCUUUGACCCGUGCGAGUACUUUCUGUUCUGCGGAGGGAGCGACGGCAAUAUUUUUCAGGUGUCUCUCUGCACCACGAGCUUAAGCCGGGAUAAAACCUUCCAGACGGACAAUGAUGGCAACCAGGUGUUCAUAGGACACAGAAAUCUGGUGACAUGUCUGUCUGUAUCUAUGGACGGCACAGUCCUGCUGUCUGGCUCCAAUGACGAGACUGUCAGGAUGUGGGAUGUUCAAAGCAAGCAGUGUAUACGCUCCAUCACCCACAAAGGUCCUGUUACCAACGCAGCCAUCAUACCAGCACCUGCCAACAUGUUUGUGCCUGACAGCCGUCCAUCAAUCCCACUGCCGCGGUUCAGUCGCCACCUGAACCCAUCAGAGCAGGGAGACGCCACAGGAGGUGUGUGUGUGAGACCGGGAGCCAACACGCAGGAUCUGGAGGGCACGUACUUGGAAAAAGCAGACGAGCUCUACUCUCUGAUGUGCGCCAUCACGGACAAGAGCGUGUUUGGUGAUGGAGAGAACACUAAAGUACGAGUGUCUGAGCUGGAGGAGGAGGUGAGAACCCUGAAGAAGAUCAAUAAAGACCUGUACGAGUUCUCCACUCAGCUGCUGACCAAACCCAACUAGAUGACCUUUCAUCUCUAUCAGAAGAACUGUGUCAGUUCAAAAUGAAUGAGAGACCGGACUGAAACAACACCAACCUCAGGUCACUCCUGGGCGGUUGAAGUGAUCCUAAGAGCAGGAUUUUUUUACUGUUUAAUACAUUGUGACAUUUACUUUUUGUAUUAUGGUCGAAGUGAAUCUAAAUUUGAAGCUCCUCUUGUUUGUGUUAUGAAAGACUUGGAUGACAAUUAAAAAGUAUUCUUCGGAAAGGAA